AUGCGUCUGAAUUCACACGGUGUCGGAGCUAGCUACGUCGGUAGCGUUCACUGGGCCGCCGUUCUCCAGAGUAUCUCUGAGCUCAGAGACCACUACGAGGAGGAAGAGGAGGCCCGGAUGCUAGCCACCAAUGAUCAUGCACUUCUCCAAAGCUCGGGACCUAGACUGCUAUAUGAGCCGGUCCAUACCACGAAAACUGAUCUUCUUGCUUCCAUCCCACCGCGGCCCGUCGUUGACCGUAUGGUCGCGAGAUACUUCAAUACACAAGGCGUUGUGCCAAGCAUCCUUCACAGCGGACAUUUUCUGCAAGAGUAUGAUAAGUUCUGGCAGGACCCGUCAGCCAUGUCAUACAUUUGGAUCGGCCUCCUCUUUAGCGUAAUGUGCGUCGCUACAUUAUGUCAACACUCGAUCAGCGACCCAACAGGUCCUGAAAUUCAAGAACGAGCGCGCCUCUUUCGUGAACAAACUCUUCACAGUUUGAUAUUGGGCCACUACACCAAAGGCGGGGAGUACGUACUCGAAACCUUGAUUAAUUAUCUCAUCUGUGAGUCAUUCAUGUCCCAGGACGAUGAGACCGAGCUGUGGCUCGUGCAAGGUAUCAUCGUUCAGCUCGCCCUGAGUCAGGGCUAUCAUCGAGACCCCAACAACUUCCCGAGCAUUGGCACAUUUUCUGGUGAGAUGAGGCGCCGCGUGUGGGCUGUCAUUGUGCAGUUAGAUCUUCGUCUUUCAAGCCAGAUGGCGCUGCCUUGUGUGCUUAAGUCGCAACAAUAUGACACAGCUGAGCCGCGUAACCUGUUGGACACGGAUUUUGACGAGAACACUACGGAGCUACCUUCUUCGCGACCCGAAACUGAAGUCACCCCUGUGCUCUACAGCUUGGCUAAGGGUAGGAUAGAUAAAUUGAUGGGACUAGUCAACGAUCUUGUCAAUGACACCAAGGAGCAUCCAUACACAGAAAUCAUGGAGCUGGACCGGAAGCUACAAGAGGCUGAGGCUUCACUGCCACCAAUAUUUCAAUGGCAGCCCCUCAGCCAAUCUUUCAUGGUGGCGCCUGAGAUCGUCAUGCACCGCAUUUUACUCCAGCUCGCUAUACAGAGACUAACAAUCUGGCUUCAUCGGAAGUAUCUCGGGCUACCGUAUACCCAGGCAUGCUAUCAACACUCACGCAGCGCUUGUGUUCAAGCAGCGAUCAAGAUUCUGGAGUUCCAGCAGAUAGUGCUUGUGGAAACACAAGGAGAUGGACUGCUCUAUCCUGCAAGGUGGGCUAGGUGGAUGCUCCUGUCCUCACGGCCACGUGCAGUCUUUUUGCUGGGCGUGAGCAUUCUAUGUUACUAUAUACAGCUGGCCAAGUCACGACCGGAUGUUUCGCUGGACAACAGUACAGGGACAAAGGUUCACGGUCUUCUACGUAAAGCGUAUCCCCUCUGGCUGCACUCUACCACAGUAUCUAGGGAAUCCAGGCGGGCGAUUGAUUAUCUGAGUCUCAGACUGGGGCUACAGGAACAAGAGGCUGGUGAACCUCUUGCUGGUUCUAUGGCCGAUACGCCUCAAGAUACCGAUGUAUCUCUUGGCCAGCUUACCUGGGACAUAUACGACGAGUGUAUCGCCGAGUUUUCAGCGACAGCAUUCACUGGCGGGUUUAUGGGACAAGAAUUCGAUUCCGCGACGAGUGAUUCAAGAUCAGGCUUAUUUUCGAUGAGCUGGGAGACUGAGGACUCGGCGUCUAGAUAG